UCGUACUUCCGCCUCGGGGAGUGUCGACGGGUCUUGCCGGGGGCUCGAGGCCGGAGAGGCGUGUGCGCGUGCGCACGCCCGCACCUCAGGACAGGGGACGCGCAGGGCGACAGGACAUCUGGAACUAUUUUGCUUUUAUGAAAACGUGAUCGCGUCAAUAACAACUAUGCAUUAAUGAGAUACUGAAGAGAGAUAAAAACCAACUAAAAGAAUGAAUAGUGAAGAGGAAUUUUAUGAUGCUGUCACAGGCUUUGAUUCCGAUAAUUCUUCAGGAGAAUUUUCAGAAGCAGUUCACAAAGUUGAUGUGGAUGAUCACCAGAGUAACAGGACUGGAAAGCACAAUGGCGAUGGGCCAGUACAAGAGAACGGAAUCAAGAAACAUAGAACAUCUUUACCUGCUGCAAUGUUUACUAGGAGUGAUUUCAGUGUCUGGAGUAUCUUAAAAAAAUGCAUUGGUUUGGAGCUGUCAAAAAUUACCAUGCCCAUUGCCUUCAAUGAACCCCUGAGCUUCCUUCAACGAAUAACAGAAUAUAUGGAGCACACAUACCUCAUUAAUAAAGCAAACUGUCAUUCUAACCCUCUAGAAAGAAUGCAGAUUGUUGCUGCUUUUGCGGUGUCCGCUGUCGCCUCUCAAUGGGAGAGAACAGGCAAACCAUUUAACCCUCUCCUUGGAGAAACAUAUGAAUUAAUCAGGGAGGAUUUAGGUUUUAGGUUAAUUUCUGAACAGGUCAGUCAUCAUCCACCUGUCAGCGCAUUUUACUCUGAAGGCUUAAACCAGGACUUCAUUUUUCAUGGCUCAAUUUAUCCUAAAUUGAAGUUUUGGGGGAAGAGCGUAGAAGCAGAACCCCGGGGAACCAUAACAUUGGAACUGAUAAAACAUCGCGAAGCUUACACUUGGACUAACCCUACCUGUUGUGUACAUAAUGUAAUUAUUGGCAAGCUAUGGAUAGAACAGUACGGAACAGUAGAAAUUAUAAAUCACAGUACUGGAGAUAAAUGUAUUCUUAACUUUAAACCCUGUGGACUGUUCGGUAAAGAGCUUCACAGAAUAGAGGGCUACAUUCAAGACAAAAAUAAGAAGAAACUCUCAGUGAUCUAUGGGAAAUGGACAGAAUGUUUGUGGUGCGUUGACCCUUAUUCUUAUGAAAACUAUAAGAAGAACGAGAGGAAAGGUGGCGAUCAGAAGAAACCAAAGCCGAGAGAUGAACCUGAAAAUGAUGAAGCCGAUGAUAUGCCAGAGGUUCAAGAAACUGUGCAAGUUAUACCUGGCAGUAAGCUACUUUGGAGGAUAAGCUCAAGGCCAUCAAAUUCAUCACAGAUGUACAAUUUCACCAGUUUUGCUGUCACUCUCAAUGAAUUGGAGAAGGGCAUGGAAGAUAUAUUGGCUCCUACUGACUGUCGGUUAAGACCAGACAUAAGGCAUAUGGAAAAUGGAGAGAUAGAUAUGGCAAGCAAAGAAAAGGAGAGGCUAGAAGAAAAGCAAAGAGCUGCUCGCAAGGAUCGUGCAAAAGAGGAAAUUGACUGGAGGACAAGAUGGUUUUACCAAGGCACUAAUCCAUAUAUUGGGACUGCUGACUGGUUAUACUCGGGAGGAUAUUUUGAUAGAAAUUUCUUUGACUGUCCGGAUAUCUAUUGAAAACCUUGAAUGCAGUUGCUCUUUUGCCCAGAAUUGGUAGACUUAAAUGAGUCCAGCGGCUAUUGGGCUAUGUCAUGACAAGAAAAAAAUAUAUUUUUCCUAAAGCAAUGAAAAUCAUCCAUCACUGAUCAAGGUUUUGUCAUGUACAUUUGCCAAAAUACUGAAGUGCUGUUAACUCAUUUUCCUGAAGCUGCAACAUGAAAUUAUGUAAUGGGGAAAGAUGCUUGCAUGUUUUUGUUAGCUUCCUUCAAUUUAUCAUUUCAUGUUUUUGUUUUAUUUUUAUUUUUUUUGGCCAGAAUUAACUCGCUAUAACCGGUGGGAAAAUAGCUCCUUUCUUAAAAAGAGAAGAUAAGUACUUUUUAAAAAUAAAAUAAAAUUGAACAAUAAAAUAUAUCUUUGAAGUAUUCAAAACUUGGAGGCCACAGGGACACCUUAGACUAACAGAUAUGCUGCUGGUCCUACUGGAAAGUUUCUAGCAAGAAUCCAGAGUGACUCAAAAUUCACACAAGUCUUUGAACACUCCUUUUAAAAGUUUGACAGCAUACAAUACAGAUAGACUUAAUUUUCAGGAGCAAUUUCUCCAUUUUGCCUCAGCCUCUGGGCACUGUGAAUUAUUGAUUCAAUGAAGUAUCUGUGAUUUUAUUUUUAAAAAAGUAACUACUCCAUUGAAUGUUGGGCUGGUUUGUAAGUGUGUAGAUAACAGCAAACUCUUGUGUGUUUGAAGUUGCAAAAUGUUUUGUCUUAAAACCCAUUUUUGGAGAUAUUUAUAGGAACUUGGAUGUCAUGUAAAUAUCAUGUAAGAAAUCAUACUCCUUGCUUUGUUCAGAAAUGUUCAUUUGCAGUUCUGCUUUGGGAGACUGAUUUUCCCAUUCAUUUCAUAAUACGGGCAUCCUUCUUCCUCUUUCAAUUUGCCUCGGAUACAUUCUGCAAAAGUUCAUAUUUAUUUUGGGCUUGUUUUUUUCCAAAUCACUUGCUUGCAUCACAAUUAAUAACAGGUUUUUUUGAACAGCAGUUUCUUAGUUUGUUGAAUGCUGAAUGACACAGUGGAAGCUUUUAAUGCAUCUCCACUUGUUAGAAUUCCUCGAGAAUAAGUGUAGGUUUGCAGUUUUAAACACGUCAAAACUAUGUCAUUCUGGAGCCGUUUGGAUUGAAAGAAAAAGAGUGUUUUUCUUUUAUUUCUAACACACACUAAUGACAAUGUGUGUGGCUUUACAAAUAAGUUAAUAUUUACUUUAUUAUUAUUUACCAAAUUGGAGAUAAUUUACCUUGCUGUUAAAUGGUAAACCAGCAAGAGCAUAAUAAUUUAAAAGGGACAGUGAAACGAUUAAGAGAUGGGAUUAUAGUCCCAUGAACAUUUGUCUACGAUAUAGGAAUAUUUGAGUGUUUUUCAUUACAUUUCAAGCAAAAAAAAAGUUACCAUGAAAAAAUACUUAAGGCAAUAAAGUAUACUUUUAAGAGAAUUGGACAGGCACUAGUUAACUCUAAAUUGUAUGUUGUUGCUAAAUAUUGCAGCUUCAAAUUCAUUUAUUGUAUUAGGGCUUCAGAAUGCUUCAGUAGUCUCUCUCUUGAAAUCACUUGCAUCACAGUAGUCUCACUGUAUUUCAAUUUAUUGCCUUUUCCUUCAUAAUGUUACCCAUGAAUCAGUGUGCAUUUUAUUGUUAAUAGAUUAAUUUAUCUAUUAUGUAUCCCAGUCCAGAAACUCUUGGGCCCUUCUGUUUUUUGGUAGGAACAGUGAAUAUUGGUUCUAGCAGUAAUUUUGUGCUUUAGGCCCACUACAGAAUUGGCUAUUUAUAUUGCUCUCAUAAUCCACUGGUUUCAGUAUCUGAACAAUAAGGCUAUAUACAAAGACCAGCUGUUAUGAUAACAGUAUUUCAAGCUCUAACUCCAGAAACGUGAAAAUAGGGGACAAUAGAAACUCACUUUUUCUCCCUUGAUUAAGUUACUAUCUCCUUUUAUUAGUAAAAGUUUUGGAAAGGGUUAAGCCAGGUGAUCUGUAUACAUGCAGACAAAUGCAGGUGGGUUUCAUUAAUAUUUUGAAGGAAUCACAUUAAUUUUUUUUAACUGGUUGGACCUUUUUUUUUUUUUUAGAAGUGGCAAGGGAUGUUUCGAAAUUCCAAUUUGCUGUAGGAGGAAAAUGCGAUCUUUUAAAUUGAAAUUAAAAUUGAUUUUAAAGGAAGAGUGAAUAUUUUUCAUUCACCUUUUGUAUAAUUAUUCUCUACUGAAAAUAGAUUUAUAUUAGGUCUUCAUGACUCAUCUUCUAUACCAACUGAGGCAUAUACUGUACUAUAUGUUCAUGAUUUGGUGGCUGGCUGAGCCUUACGUUUCAAAAACGAUGUGAAAUUGAGACUGCAGAAAAUCUGUUGUCCAGUAGAAAUAGUGGGAGGCUAUUAACAUAGCUGAUUUGUUUCUCUGCAAAUGAUUAAUUGUACUGGAAAAUAAUUCCUAAGCUGCAAGUCCGUUCUCCCACAUAUGUAUAUCUCAUUUCUAACCAACGGCAGGGUAUUAUACUAAAUAUAAUGCUUCAGAACAGAUUAGAAUUAAAACGCACACUAAAGUUUGAUGACUUAAAAGCUUUAAUUAUAUUGGGUUUUUUUUUUCCUUAUGAAAAAGAUAGUCAUUUAGAUUGUUUACAUUUUUACCUGCACUUAUUAUAAGCACCACCUUCACAACUUAAGCACUGCCUUAGAUUUGACACUUCCAUGGGGGAAAAAAGCACUUUUAAAAUUAAAAAAAAAAUCAUGUUAAAUAUUAAGAUAGGUAUUUACUUAAAAGCAGAUAUUUUUUUAUGUGAAAAAAAGUAGUUAUUUUCUUGGCUGCUUACUUCCAUUGUGUUUACCUUGGUACCUUUGUUUUGAAUUAAGGCCCAUGCAUACGUUAGCUUGACUCCAGGCCAAUGGGUUACACCCAAAACUUUUAUAUUUGCAGAUAGUGGUGUUCCACUCACCCUUCACCAUUGGGAGGAAUUCCAUACCCACAUGAUGCCUCAUGCUAUAUCUCAACACCGGAGUCAAUAAAACUGUGGAUGAAUAGCUUUUCUUGCUGUGCCAUUAGGUUGACUUCACAAUAAAUGCAGCCUUUAUCGUAGCAAGAAAUAAUCACAAAGAUUAACACUACUAGACCAUUUCUAGAAUAGCAUGACAGCAGCAGGCUAUGAAACGAAGACGGGACUUCCCCAUUCCGAAAUAAAUCCCGCAGGAAAACGUAACAUGUCCACAAACCUUUGCUAGCCUUCGCUCUCUUUCCCCCAAAGCAACCUACAGAUGAGCAAUUAUUUUGACAUGACAUCACUUCAACAGGAUGCUUGAUGGAUGGAACACUACUAAUUCAUUAAAUUCUCUUGACAAGUAAACAUUAACUGGAAAGUAUAGUUUUUUUAAAAAAAAAAAAUAGAAUGAAUGAUAGAAAUUCCUGCUUGGUAAUGAUUUGAUUUACAUUGUUAGCCUUUAUAUGUAAAGAGAAAAGGGUAGAAAUGGCACCUUUUUGAUGAGUUUGAUAAACAUAAUUUAAGUUUCUUACUACUGCACCUUGCAUCCAGUUUGGGGUAGAUCAAUACAUGGGUGUUUUCUCUUAGGCAUCUUUAAAAACCCUUGGUCCUCAAAAGUAGGCUAUUAGACUAAAACCUUCAUAAGUAUAAGUUUUAAAGCAUAAGAUUAGAUCUAUUUUAGUAAAUUAAUAUACAAAUACGUGAAUCAGUACCAUCUAGAAUUAGUUUCUGAAAGUUUUACGUUGAUUCUCAAGAGUUCUUACCCAAACCCUAGCUUCACAUUACUAACUGUUGAUACUCAGGUAGCCUGUAAUCCUGAAAAAGACAUUGUUGUAAUAAUAGUCCCAACAGUUCAGGUGCCUGUGUAACUCUUCAGUUUUUCUAUGUUUGUUGUAUUCUGUGUAUUUCUGUGGCUGUUCUCUCCAUGUCGUGUUUUUAAUUCUUCAUUUGAUAAUCUACUGUAACGUCGUCGCCUCUUUAAAAUCCUUAAGUGGUUUGGGUUUAAUUGUAAAGCAAUAUUUAAAUGCCUAUAAAGCAAAUGGUUCUAACAAAAAUGAUUUUUGUUUAUAGCAUGUGGGGGAAAAAAAUUAAAUAAAAAGCACACGCACCAGUUACCAGCUCUUAAUUUCCCCAUUCAUUCUCCGCUGCUGUUGCUGCUACUGCUGUCUUGUUUUGUGUUUUUUAUUUUGCCAUUAAUAAUCCCUCUUAAUAAUAAUUAUAAGAAGAAAAGUACAUGGCACAAUCCACCUAGAAUUUCUUGGAUCAAGCCUCAUUUGGGAUCCGUGGACUUGGGGAGAAGCAUCCCGUGAUGCCCUUCUGCAUUUUUAUGUAAGUUCCCAUGGGGCUUGUCCCAAAGAGCGCUUCCUGGCAGAAAUAUGCCGGCUGUGGGGUUUUUUUUUUGCCUUAUCCAUGUUACAUGAACCUGUUGGAGGAUAUUAAAAAUAAAAAAAGGCUUUAGCGAAAUGGAUUUAUUUUUAUAAUAUUUAACAACUGUCAAUACCCAACUAUAUUAACUAUUACAAAUUCGUAUUUACCUUUUUAGAGAAGUCUGUACAGGUUUGUGGACAUAAAUGUUAAAAAAAAAAGUGUCAAUGCAAAUAAAGGCUGUUUUGGAGAAGA